AUGGCCCACCGCUGCCAAAACUGGCGCUGUCUCAACAAUGUUUUCAGGCCAAACGAGAAGUAUGACACGAUCGUGGUGGGCAUGGGCGCCGCCGGCGUGAAGGCCGCGGCGACGCUGGCCAAGGCCGGCAGGAGGGUGCUCGGGCUGGAGGCCGACGACAGGAUCGGCGGGAGAAUCCACACCGUCGCCUUCGAAGACGGCGUCAUCGAAAUCGGCGCUGAGUGGAUCCAUGGCACAGUAAACAACAGCGUGUAUGAUGCUGCUGCCCAAAACAACGUGUCGACAGAAGAGCAGAGUUUAACAAACGAAGUGUUCAGAUCUGACGGAUCAUACGGUGAUAGAGAUCUAUUUAAUGAGCUUAUAGAGUUUUGCGAAGAGACGAUUGAAGAAUCUGGUGAUGCUCCCGAACCGCUUGGACAGUUUGUCACUGCGAGACUCAUGGAAUACUUAGAAGAGAAUCAUCCAGAUGUUUUAAAAGACCAGGACUUUAUAACCGAGUUCUUGGAAGUGAUGAACCUCUAUACCGACAACGACCAGGCCUCCAACGACUGGAAUGACAUCACAGCUACCACAACCUACGAAGUGCUCGAAGGGCAUUAUCAUACAAGUUGGCAUAAACACGGAUAUAACACUUUCUUUGAAAUUUUAUUGAAUGAAUACAAUGACGGUCCCGGUUUGCCUUCGCUGGAUAUCAAAUUGAACAAAGAGGUGACCCAGAUAAAAUGGCCAAAAGACUCAACAGAAGACGUGGAGGUGGUAUGCAAAGACGGGGAGACAUUUACCGCCGACAAUGUCAUUGUAACAGUGUCUUUAGGCGUGCUUAAAGAGAGAUAUUCCGAACUAUUUUCGCCGUCGUUGCCACAGGAAAAAAUCGAGGCGAUCCAAAUCAUAUCCAUAGGAAUUGUGGACAAAAUAAUAAUAAAAUUCGACAAGGCCUGGUGGACGAGUAUACCGUAUACAUACAUGUUUUUCCUCUGGAAGGGCGAGGAUAAGCAGCAAGUCAGCGACGAAGACUAUUGGACGACCAGAAUAUUCGCGUGCAGCAUUUCCUUGGGCUCCCAGAAUACUCUAACGUUGUGGACUAGCGGGGAAGUCGGGAAAUUGGUUGAAACACUACCUGAGGACGUUGUUUUGGAAAAGUCGGUGGCGCUUCUCAGACAAUUCAUAGGCAACUUUACGAUACCAGAUCCCAUCGGAAUGAUAAGAUCAACGUGGUACUCCAACCCGUUCACUCGCGGCAGCUACUCGUACGACAGCCUGGCGAUGCUGCAGCACCCCGACGCCAGGUCCGUCCUCCGGCAGCCGCUGCUGGACGCCGCCGGCACGCCCAAGGUGCUCUUCGCCGGGGAGGCCACGGACCUCACCCACUUCUCCACGGUCCACGGCGCCAGCGACUCCGGCUACAGAGAGGCCAUGAGGCUGCUGUCGGCCAGCAAAAUAUACUCUGCGUUGGGCCUAUAUUUAUCAAUACUUAACAAAAAUGACCUACAUGACCUACAUUUGACCUCAAGUAUUACUGUAUAUAUAAUAAUCUGUUUGGAGCACCCUCGAGUAUUCAUCAGAAUGAAGGGAUCAGUGCAUCUUGUGGUGACAUUAGCUUGGCUCGGCGGCGCUCUGUGCUUACCUACAGAGAAGUAUGAUACGAUCGUGGUGGGCAUGGGCGCCGCCGGCGUGACGGCUGCGGCGACGCUGGCCAAGGCCGAUAGGAGGGUGCUCGGGCUGGAGGCCGACGACAGGAUCGGCGGCAGAGUCAAGACUGUGCCUUUCGGAGAUGGCGUUGUCGAAGUCGGCGCUGAGUGGAUCCAUGGAACAGUAAACAGUCGAGUGUAUGAUGCAGCAGUACGGAGCAAUGUGACCACUCUGGAGCAGAACUUAGCUAGUGAGGUGUUCAGGUCGGACGGAACGUUUGUUGAUAGAGAGCUAUUCAACGAACUCAUCAAGUUUAGUAUAGAGAUAGUCGAAAACUCUACUGGCGAUCCCAAACCACUUGGACAGUACAUAACUGGAAAAGUUAUGGAAUAUCUAGAAAAUAAUCAUCCAGAUAUUCUGAAAGAUAAGGAUUAUGUUCAUGAGCUUUUGGAGAUCUUGAACCUUUUCAUGAACAAUCACGAGGCUUCCAACGAUUGGAACGACGUCUCCACUCACACAUCCUACGAAUUUCUCGAGGGACACUUGCAUACGAGUUGGCACAAGCAUGGAUACAAGACGUUCUUUGAGAUCCUAUUAAACAAAUACAACAAUGGUGCCGGUUUGCCUUCGCUCGAUAUCAAACUGAACAAGGAGGUGAUGCAGAUAAAAUGGCCAAAAGAUUCGUCCGGUAAUGUAGAGGUAGUGUGCAGGGAUGGGGAGAGGUUCACCGCCGACAACGUCAUCGUCACCGUCUCGCUGGGGGUGCUUAAAGAAAGGUUCUCAAGUCUUUUCGACCCACCUCUACCACAAAACAAGAUAGAUAUGAUAAAAAUCAUGUCCAUGGGAGUAAUGGAUAAAAUUAUAUUAAGAUUCGAUGAGCCCUGGUGGAAGGCGAUGCCAUAUGGCUUUAUGUUUUUCCUAUGGAAGGGCGACGACAAGAAGAAAGUGAGCAAAGAGGACUACUGGACGACUAGAAUAUUUGGGGCCAGCACUCCAAUGGGCUCAGACCAAGCCCUCACAUUAUGGACCAGUGGUGAAGUUGCCAAGUCGGUGGAGAUACUACCGGAAGACGUUGUAAAGGCUAAAGCUGUAGAACUUUUAAAAAAGUUUGUAGGAGCUAACUUUACGGUACCAGAUCCGACUGAAAUGAUACGAUCGACCUGGUUCUCAAAUCCUUACACGAGAGGAAGCUACACCUUCGAUAAUAUUGAGAUGCUCCAACAUCCGGAUGCCAGGAAAAUUCUCAGGGAACCACUACUGGAUUCUGCUGGCACACCCAAGGUGCUGUUUGCUGGCGAGGCAACAGACCUCACUCAUUACUCCACAGUCCAUGGCGCCAGUGGCUCCGGAUAUAGAGAAGCUAUGAGGCUGUUACCUAAAUGUGGUGUGUUAUUCCGUCGAAAUAAAUAAAGAUGUUUUUACCUA